AUGACUUUACAACUCAAUUAUAGUGGCAAUAGCAGUUCAGAGCGGGAGGUCGCGGGAGGAACCGAUAAAACAGGUGGACACGACAAUGCGCUUCUAAAAGCUGGAGUUUUGGGAUUGAUAUUUGUCUUAGCCACAUGUGGGAAUUUGUGCCUUCUACAUGCACUUUGGAGGAAGCGCAAGAUGAAUACAAGGACCCAACUAUUCCUUCUGCACCUGUGCUUUGCGGACCUGGUGGUCGCUUUCUUCCAAGUCCUACCGCAGCUCUGCAUGGAGAUUACGCACCGGUUCCGGGGCUCAGAUUUCGUCUGUAGGUCGGUGAAAUAUCUUCAGGUGGUUGGGAUGUUCGCCUCCACAUACAUGAUAGUGGCCAUGACCAUUGACCGGUACCAUGCAGUCUGCAAACCCAUGGUGUCGUUCUUGAAGGGUUCCUUUAAGAGGUACGUCGCCAUUGGCUCAGCGUGGCUGAUCUCUCUGGCUUUCAGCACCCCGCAACUCUUCAUCUUCUCUCUUCAAGAACUAGAGGACAACCUGUAUGAUUGUUGGGCGACAUUUAUCGAACCUUGGGGUUCUAAGAUAUACAUCAGCUGGAUUUCUUUAUCAGUGUUUGUUCUCCCGGUUAUCAUCUUGCUGUACUGCCAGAUUAAAAUAUGCACGGGGAUAUACUUUAACAUGAAGAGAAAGGCGCUCCAGGCUUCCACGAGCGACGGGCGCACCGGCACCAAAGGGGUCUCGAGCGCGAUGUUGAAGACGGUCAAAAUGACAUUCGUCAUCAUUAUGGUCUACUCAAUAUGCUGGAGCCCCUUCUUUGUGGUCCAGUUGUGGUCUGCAUGGAGUCCCAGUACUGCGCCCACAAAUGGUCCAGUAUUUGUCAUCAUCAUGCUGCUUGCCAGUCUGAACAGCUGUACCAACCCCUGGAUCUAUCUUUACUACAGCUAGGAGACAAUAUGAUGGACUAGCUCUGGUCCAGGGCGUUACUUUCCAUUUCACAGAAGGCUCAGCAUCAGCAAGCCACACAUAACACCAUGG